GCGCUGACGGUGGGGGCUGCCGGGGCGCCGGGGGCGGCGGGGCGGCGCGGCGGGCACCGGGCGCGGGCAGAGCUGCGGGCACCAGCGACACCGGUGUCGUCGUCGUUUGUCGUCGUCGCCACCGCCGCUGCUGCCGCCGCUGCCACCGCCACCAACGGGCGGAUCCGUGCUUUCUGCCGGAGCUUCUUUCGUCGCUUUACUUUCGCGGCCCGGAGCAGGGACAUUAUGCCGAAGAGAAAGUCUCCAGAGGGUGCUGAAGGCAAGGAUGCAGCAAAAGUAACUAAACAAGAGCCCACAAGACGAUCAGCAAGAUUGUCAGCUAAACCUGCUCCACCAAAACCUGAACCCAAACCAAGGAAAACCACAAAGAAGGAACCUGGAACAAAGGCCAACAAAGGUGCUAAAGGGAAGAAGGAUGAAAAGCAAGAAGCUGCAAAGGAAGGUACUACACCAUCUGAAAAUGGUGAAAAUAAAGCUGAAGAGAUUCGCAUCUCUCGCUCAACUGUUAGUGUUUCAACAUCCAGAGGUGCCCCACCCAGCACACUGUCAGUAAAAGGGCAGAUUGAAACAGUGAAAGUUAAGGGUACGGUAGAGCAUUCAGCAUGUGUGCAGUGAAUAGAAACAGAUAGUAGUGUGGUGCUUUUCAGUAUGAACCAUGGAUGCUGACAGGUAAGGCUUGUAUUGCUUUUGAGAAGCUGGGAGCAAUAAUUUGAGAAAAGUGUGUGAAUGUACCUGGUUUGGCUGUGUAAAUGUCAUCUGGACGUAGGUUUGAAACUGAGCUGCUGCCAAGAAGGAAUUGAAGGAGUAGGGGCAGUUUGGGUGUUUAGGUAUGCAAUGGCAAUUUGCUAUAGUAAUUAAUUCCUCUCUCUCUUC